GACCGGCAUUAAUGGACAGUGUGUCAUGUACUCAGAAUGUGAACAAACCUCAUCAGGUCCACUACCAUGUACCUACAGUGGUCAACCGGUCACUCUGAAGGACCCAAAAUCUCUUCAAAUUUUGAAAAACUACUGUCCUGAUUUAUUUGAAGGUAGUAAUACGAAAACAUGUUGUGAUGAAAGACAACUGUCUGUCAUGGAAAAGGAGAUGGUGCUCAUAAAACAAAUAUUUUCGAGGUGCCCAUCUUGUCUACAUAAUUUUAUGGGUAUAUUUUGCCAAAUGACCUGCAGUCCAAAUCAGAAAACCUUUCUCAAAGUCACUAGUCAUGGCAAGACAGUACGUUCAUUGGAUUACAUCAUAUCACGUGACUUUCUCUACAGAAUGUUUAAUUCCUGUAAGAAUGUUGAACUCCCAAGUUCAAAUGACAAAGCCUUAUCCAUCAUCUGCGGUAGAUCAGCCAAUGAGUGUACACCGGAAAACCUUUUAGACUACCUUGGUUCUACGUCAAAUGGUCGUACCCCGUUUGAAAUUUCCUUUAUUAAAACGAACAAGAUUGUAACAAUAGGAGGAAUUGAUUAUCACCCAAUGAACCAAUCUACAAUCCCCUGUUCAGAAUCUUGUUCAAAGCAUGAUUGUGGGAUUCCUAAGCUACCUAAACCUCGCCCAUGUCCCGAUGGAUCAUGUUUUGAUGGACGCAUAAGGCCAAUUUACCGACAAGAGCAAGUAGUGGUAACUAGACCAAAUAACCAUACUGUUGUCACCCAUAGAUUACCCCCGCCAUCAGAUGAGUGUAUGAAUUACACGUCGUUAUUUGACAAGAGUUUUCUGCAUUUACUUUUAGAUUUUCAAGAAAGCAUAGGAAAUAUUUCUGUUAAGUUUGAAAACCAAGAAAUUGGAUUGGAGGACAUUUGCUACAGGCCACAUUAUGGUAGUGACUCUUGUGCUGUAUUCAGCAUCCUUGAAUACUGGCAAAGUAAUCGCACAGCCAUCGAUAAAAUCAAGAUGGAUACAUUUGGAUUUUUCAUCCUUGCAGAUUAUUUGGAUCAUUUCUCAUCUUGCGCGGUUGAAUCUUCAGAAAUAGAUACGGUGGGACUUAACAUGUCUUGUUCUUCCUCUGCAAAUCAAGCCAUUUAUCCAAAUAUGGUUCUAGCCGGCUAUGGAGGAGAAAAUCAGGUACAACAUUUCAACAGCUCUACUGCUUUCGUCAUCACAUAUUUAGUACAGAAUUAUCAGGAUGAUCGCAUGAAUGAUGUUGCACGUGCUUGGGAAGGGGAGUUGAGAAGAUUCGUCCAAAACUUCCGUAGUCCUAACAUGACAGUCUCAGUUAAUACGCCUUCUGUCUGA